AUAUGGCUCCUCUUGAUCAUAUACCAGCAAGCUAAGUAGUCACAGCAACCUCAUCAGAAAUAGUGCACACAACUGCAUAGUGCAUAUACAAGGCUAGCUGAUAUAUUGUUAGAACUUACUUGAGCUAGCUAGAGCUUUUGUUGCCUACUCGAUCGGUCAUAGACACUGUACCAUGGGGUAUGGGCUGCUUGCCAUGAAGGCUCUUGUUCUGAGCAGCAUAGUGCUCAGCGUCGUCGUCGGCGUAGAGUCGUCGUCGGUGCAGCGGCGGCGGGUGCCGGCGAUGUACGUGUUCGGGGACUCCACCCUAGACGUGGGCAACAACAACUACUUGGAAGGGGAGCAAGUCCCCAGGGCCAACAAGCCCUACUACGGCAUCGACUUGCCAGGCUCCGGCAAGCCCACCGGAAGGUUCAGCAAUGGCUACAAUGUCGCCGACUUUGUUGCGAAGAAUCUAGGAUUCGAGAAGAGCCCUCUGGCAUAUCUGGUGCUCAAAGCGCGCAAUUAUCUGAUCCCGAGCGCCAUCAGUACAGGAGUAAGCUACGCAUCGGCAGGAGCUGGGAUCCUUGACUCCACUAACGCGGGAGGCAACAUUCCACUGUCGCAGCAGGUGCGGCUCUUCGAGUCCACCAAGGCCGCGAUGGAGUCCAAGGUGGGCCCGCGCGCCGUGAGCCAGCUCCUCUCCAAGUCCUUCUUCCUCAUCGGCGUCGGCAGCAACGACUUCUUCGCCUUCGCCACAGCAAUGGCGAAGCAGAACAGGACGGCGACGCAGAGCGAAGUCGCCGCCUUCAUCAACGGCAGCCUCAUCUCCAACUACUCGGCCGCCAUCACGGAGCUGUACAAGCUGGGCGCCAGGAAGUUCGGCAUCAUCAACGUGGGCCCGGUCGGGUGCGUGCCGAUCGUGCGCGUGCUCAACGCCACCGGCGGGUGCGCCGACGGCCUGAACCAGCUCGCCGCCGGCUUCGACGGCUUCCUCAACUCCCUCCUGGUUAGGCUCGCCUCGAAGCUGCCGGGCCUCGCCUACUCCAUCGCCGACUCCUUCGGCUUCGCCGCGCGCACCGACCCGCUGGCGCUAGGGUUCGUGAGCCAGGACAGCGCGUGCUGCGGCGGCGGCCGGCUCGGCGCGGAGGCGGACUGCUUGCCCGGUGCCAAGCUCUGUGCUAACCGCGACCGCUUCCUCUUCUGGGACCGCGUGCACCCUUCCCAGCGCGCCGCCAUGCUCAGCGCCCAGGCCUACUACGACGGCCCGGCGGAGUUCACCUCUCCCAUCAGCUUCAAGCAGCUGGCUGACAAGAGCUAGCUAGUUGAUCUUUCAAAUUAAUUCAUCAGCCACAAUGAGUAUUUUUGUUCGUUGUUAUAAUUAAAUUACUUGUACAUGUUCAGUUCAGGCAGUGAUUGUUUUUGUUUCUCGCAUUUUCCCUAUAGAAAUAAAAUGGGCGGACUGGAUCGAGUUUCAGAAAGCAAGUCUAUGAAGAGUUUUCUAACUCAAUAAGUAAUAAUUUAUUUGUAAGGA